AUGUUGCACUUGGGUUUCUGUUCACAGGAAAGCACCCACGAGAUUCGACAACACGCGCGUCCGGAACCAUCAUCCAACGAAGUCGCACAGAUGCGACCACGAUACCCCUCUCCAUUGGCCACAGUGCAGAUUGCAACGCACGCAGUCAUAGCCAACCUCUGCCUGAUCGCCCUCGCCACGCUCAGCUACGUCGAAGCCAAGCGCAAGGGCGGCUCAGAUCUGACCACCGCUUACGUCGCGGCUAUCUGGAGCUUGCCAUUCAGCCUGUUCGAGGCCAUCGCCUUGUCUGACCGGAGAGAUCGACGCAGCCGAAUCGGUCGUCCCUAUACUGGAACCUUGGUCGCGCUGCAUGCAGUAUCGAUGGCAUUGCUGAUUGGAGGAGCGACUGCGAUUACGCAUAGUGGCUCUGGGAAUAUAUCAAGACACUACGGCGAGACAUCCGAAGGUGAAUAUGCCUUGAUCGACUCGGGACAGCCAGACGCUGGGGAGGGGCUCAAGGUGCUGCUAGAUCUGUGCUGGAUCGUUCAGGCGCUUGCCAGGUGA